CGACGUGAUCACGAUGCUAAACGUUCGAUCUUUUAAAGCAAAUGAGAUCCCAUCUGCUAUAGCUCACUAACACACGACUAAACCAAACUAUGCCCCCUGCCCUCCUUAUGAAAGCCAACCCAUCAACCAACUCCAUCACAUGCUCCCAAAAAACCAACUCUGAAGUCUGCACAACCACUCUGAUUUUACUCCAGCGCUCGAACUUGGUUACUAGGCUUUUGUCCACCUUAAUUUCCACCAGGAAAGAUGGACCUGAGCCUUAGGCAACGCUCCACCACCAGCCUAGCGAUAGAAACAGUUGUUGUUGCCGUCAGAGCAGAGCGGGUUAUCUCUAAAACCGCCUUGGCUUGGGCUCUGACUCAUGUUGUUCGUCCUGGCAAUUGCGUUACCUUACUCGCUCUCUUUCCUGGUGAAAAUAAAGGUAAAAGAUUUUGGAAUUUCCCGAUGCUGACUGGAGAUUGCGGGAGCAAUAUUCGGGAAGAGUUACCAGAACAGAUUUGUCAGAUCUCCGAGUCAUGUUCUCAAAUGGUACUUCAGUUUCAUAACCAGAUCGAGGUUACUGUGAGAAUUAAGGUGGUGUCAGGUACAACUGUCAGUGCAGUGGCAGCUGAAGCAAAGAACAAUGGAGCCAACUGGGUGAUACUGGACAAAAAACUAAAGCAAGAGCUGAAACAUUGCAUGGAUGAACUUCACUGCAACAUUGUAGUGAUGAAAGGUUCUGAAGCGAAAGUUCUCAGGCUUAAUUUACAAUGCAUAAAUGAACUUCGAACUCCCUAUUUCUCUGCUGCUGCUUCUCCAGCUAUGUAUGCUGGAGACCACCUAGGCCUCAGGAUGAAGCAUUCUACUCCAGUCAGCAGUCCAGAAGAACCAAGUACUUCUCAUUCAAGAACAAGCAAAGAAGGAUUGCUACCAAGUUCUGAUUCAGCAGCUUCUAUUUUCCUGGUCUAUCAACAAAAUCCCCUUUUUGAAAGGCUGAAAAGAGGAAAUUACACUUUCUUAGAUUAUCAGAACAACUUGGAUAAGCAACUUACUCUUCUUGAUUCACGUGGAGAAAGGCUUAUAAAUCUAUCAGAAAACAAGUCUUCUGUAAAAAGUAAUGACAAGAGGAUACCAUGGAUUCCCCAAAAUCCAAUUGAUGAAAAGCCUCGUAAAACCCAAAGCAAUAGAAAUAAAGUCAUCUCUUCUAGUUCCAAAUCCUUGCUUGACAAGUUUGUCCGAUAUGAUCAUGAUACUCAAAGCCAUGGCAAAGACUACAUGGUUAGCUCAAACAUUAGGGAUGCAGUUGCGUUAGGCAGAACAUCCUCAGUACCUCCACCCCUGUGCUCAUCAUGUCAACACAAGGCGCCAGUCUUUGGCAAACCCCCAAGACCGUUUUCUUAUAAGGAGCUAGAGGAAGCUACAGAUGGAUUUUCCGAAUUGAAUUUCUUGGCAAAAGGUGAUUUUGGUGUUGUUUACAGAGGGAUUUUAAGAGAUGGUCAAGUGGUUGCAGUGAAGCUGUUAAAGUUUGUCAGUUGUCAAGCAGAUAUUAAUUUCUGCAGGGAGGUGCAGGUUUUAAGCUGUGCACAACAUAGGAAUGUUGUGUUGCUAAUAGGGUUUUGUAUUGAUGGCACCAAGAGAGUUUUGGUUUAUGAGUACAUAUGCAAUGGAUCCUUGGAUUUCCAUUUACAUGGAAGCAACAGAGCCUCUCUAGAUUGGCAAUCACGGCUAAGAAUAGCAAUUGGAGCAGCACGAGGCUUGCGAUACCUUCAUGAAGAUUGUAGAGUUGGUUGCAUAGUACACAGAGAUAUGCGGCCCAAAAAUAUUCUCCUAACACAUGAUUUUGAGCCUCAGGUUACCGAUUUUGGACUCGCUAGAUGGCAUUCUGAUCAAUUGAUUGCUGGAAGCAAGGAGCAAGCCAUCGGAAGUACAGGGUAUCUUGCACCAGAGUAUUUGGAUGGUGGAAGGAUUACACAAACAGUUGAUGUUUAUGCAUUUGGAGUGGUGCUAUUAGAGUUAAUGACAGGCCAAAGAAUCAGUGACUUGCGAUUUUACAAGGGACAGAAUUUCUUAUAUGAAUGGUUCCACCCUCUAGCUACAUUAGACUCAAACCAAAUAAUGACAAAUAUUUACCAGUUACUUGAUCCAUGUUUAGCCUCCAGCAAAGUCCAGGACUGCAGUCAUCAACUACAGGCCAUGGCUCGUGCUGCUUUCUUGUGCCUAAGUCAUGAUCCGGAAUCAAGACCACCAAUGUCAAAGGUACUUAGAAUGCUUGAAGGAGGAGAUAUGAGCAAUCCACUGAGUUUAGACCUGAACUCAAUUGGCAAUAGAAGCGGCCAUUUGCGUGGAUUGAGAACUCAAACGCAACCUGAAUCUAGGAGACGCCACUCUCGAAGGCUUUCGCACUGAAUUAAUUCGACAGUCAAAGAGGGAACUGAUGCUUGUACGAUUCGAUUCCAUUGUCACAGUUCAGGCUAUUGAUGGAAAUUUUGGCUGGGAUAUUACCAUCAAAUAUAUAUUUGUAAACAGUAAUGUGAAGCAGAUAUCCUUGUAAUCGUUGAGGAAUAUCUAUAUUUUUAUAUAUAUUCAGGAUUAUGCAUACCCAUCCAUGAUGUUGGAUGAAUAUACAAUCUUCCCUGAAUAUUUUGACGGACAUAAAAUAAAAGAAAAGGAUUUUUUUUAA